UACAAAAGAACUAUUUUUUUUGACAAAAACAAACAAAUUGUGGUUUGUUGGCAUUUUUUUUAAGAAAAAAAAGCAAUUAUUCACUGAAAAUGGUUUUCUUCAGUUUUCUAUUUUCCUUGGCAGUCUCAAUUAAAUUAUUGCUAGCCACAUGUUUAUUUUUAAUAUUAGCUGCUACCAUUGUACUACCUUUGGGAUAUUUUUAUCUUAAGCAUACAUACAGAUUAGAAAGGAUAAAAAGGAAAGACGGUUUAAGUGUUGGAAUAUUUCACCCUUAUGCAAAUGCUGGUGGAGGUGGUGAAAAAGUACUGUGGGUAGCACUAAAGGCAUUGCAAGAAAAGUAUCCACAAGCAAAAUUUUACAUUUACACAGGCGACAUUGAAUUUCCUCCUGUUGAAAUAUUGCGCAAAGUCAAGCUUAGUUUAAAUGUAGAUAUAGAUCCUAAGAAAGUUAAGUUUAUAUAUUUAACUAGGCGAAGAUGGGUUGAGCCAAGAAUGUACCCAAUUUUUACACUAUUGGGCCAAGUAGUUGGAUCAAUUUUACUUGGAUUUGAAGCUCUUAAUCAGUUAAACCCAGACAUUUUUAUUGAAACAACAGGAUUCACUUUUACUCUACCAUUAUUCAAGUAUCUGGGUGGUUGUAAAACGGGCUGUUACGUUCAUUACCCACUUAUAACCAAAGAAAUGUUACGUAGAGUACAAAGCAGAAGUCAAAUUUAUAACAAUAGAGAUUUUAUUUCCAGAAGUCCAACUUUAACCUACACAAAACUAGUAUAUUACCAUAUUAUAGCUUAUAUUUACAGUUUAGCUGGCCUAUGUUCAGAUGCCACUCUUGUAAAUUCGACAUAUACAUUAGAAAACCUUCAAGUUCUUUGGAAUAUUCCCAUGUCUUUAGUUUAUCCCCCUUGUGAAGUAAAUCAUUUAAGAAAAAUUACUCACGAAUUGCAUAAGCCUGAAACAAUUAGGAUUCUAAGUUUAGCUCAGUUUAGGCCUGAAAAGGACCACCCGUUGCAACUGCAAGCUUUGUACGAACUAAGAGAAAUCAUUCCUGAUCAGGUCUUUGAGAACAUUGUUUUGGUAAUCUGUGGAAGUUGUCGUAACGAGGAAGAUAGUCGGCGUGUACAAGAUUUGAAAGAUUUAUCAAAACAUUUGUCUCUAGAAAAUAAUGUUGAAUUUAAAGUAAACUGCUCAUUUGAUGAACUAUUUGAGGAAUUGGGAAAGUCAUAUAUUGGCAUUCACACUAUGUUAGAUGAACACUUUGGCAUCAGUGUAGUUGAACAAAUGGCAGCAGGGUUAAUAAUGGUAGCACACAGAUCAGGAGGACCCCUUUUAGAUAUCAUCGAAACUUCUGAGGGAUCUAGAUUGGGAUUUUUGGCAAAAACUGCCGAAGAGUUUGCUCAUAUAUUAAAAUUUAUUAUUGAGCUGAGAGACGAUGAAGUGAAUCAGAUAAGGGAAAGGGCUAGAGCCAGUUGUGACAGAUUUAGUGUGGUUAAAUUUCAAGAAGAAUUUUUAAGAGCCAUUGAACCAAUUUUUAAGUAACUUUUAAUCUAAUUCUAAAUAGACUGAGGUAUAAUUGUUUUAUAUAUAACAAUACAGAUUAGAAAAUGGUAACAGAAUAUCUGUACUCAAUAUUAAUGUAUUGCUGUAAGUUGCAUUGUUUUCAUACAAUUUAAAAGAGGAGGGAUGCAAGAUUAAACCUAUGUCAUAACAAUUUUUCUGUGAUAGCAAAGAUUCAUUUUAACAAUGCAAAGGUCUCUAUAUCUAGAGGUAUACAUACUUCAAAAACAUAAUUUCUGUUAUGUUAUAUUAAUUUAAAAUUAUUAUUUUAUUGUUUUAGUAAAGAUGUACAUUUAUCCUCAUAGUUUCUAGAUGAGUAAAAGUUCUAUAUUUAA